UCUUUAGCUAAUCUGUCCACCACAGGGAGAAAUCUUGCAUUGCAGAAGAAAUUUGUCAGCCAACGCCUACUGUGUUUGCAGAGAAAUGCAACAAAGAGAAGAGCUUUGCCCCUCAGAACUUCCGUUCCUUGCUCUAUGAUGGAGAGUAAACUAGGGAAAAGAUUUUUCUCCUCUGUCAAUGUCACGAGAUGCCUUCCAAAGCUUGUGAAUGUAUGACUUCCAAUCAUAGCCAUGUUCAGAAGAUUUAAGCAGACUUGCUGCUCUCUUGCGCUGCCUUUGACAAAAGAUG